CAAAUUAGAAGACGAAGAAGAGUCGGGGCCUUCAAUUGCUUUGCAUUUUAUCUCGUGCAAGUUUUGAUUUUGCCAUUUUCUUGUUUCUCUUUCUCUGCCUCCAAUUCUCUCAUCGAAGAGCGACUAUCCGUGAAAGACCUGCUUGGCUGCUUUUUCAAGUCAACAUUCCAAAUUACGAUUCCCCUUCUCUUCACCUCUCUCCUCUGCUACUUGCUUUCCACAGACGCUGGGUUUGGUCCAUUGUAGCCCCUGAGUUACUUUGUGAUGAGUUGUUUCUCUUGGCUUAUCAGAAAAAAAGGAUCUGUCUCAGCCACGCAACCUACCGAAAUAGAUUUUGAGGUUUCAGACAUUCAGAAUGUGAACCUUUACACCUACAAGGAACUUCGAAUUGCUACAGAAGGUUUUAGCCCAGCAAACAAGAUAGGGCAAGGUGGUUUCGGAUCUGUCUAUAAGGGAAAGCUGAGAAAUGGGACUCUUGCUGCUAUAAAGGUGUUGUCAGCUGACUCGAAUCAAGGGGUUCGGGAAUUCCUGACAGAAAUCAAAGUGAUCACGAGCAUAGAGCAUGAAAACCUAGUUAAGUUGUUUGGAUGCUGUGCAGAAGGAGAACACAGGAUUUUGGUGUAUGGCUAUCUUGAAAACAACAGCCUAGCUCAAACACUUCUUGGUGGAGGCCAUAGUAGCAUUCAAUUCAGUUGGCCUGUGCGGAGGAACAUUUGCGUUGGUGUUGCACGGGGCCUAGCAUUCCUUCACGAGGAGGUAGAACCACAUAUUAUUCAUAGAGACAUUAAAGCAAGCAAUAUACUACUUGAUAAAGACUUGCAGCCCAAAAUUUCUGAUUUUGGUCUUGCAAAGCUUCUUUCUCCAAACCUGACCCAUAUUAGUACACGUGUUGCUGGAACAGCUGGGUAUCUAGCACCUGAGUAUGCCAUACGAAAUCAAGUAACAAGAAGAUCAGAUGUCUACAGUUUUGGAGUUCUACUGUUGGAAAUUGUUAGUGGGAGGUGUAACACAAACAGACGGUUACCUGCUGAAGAACAUUAUCUUCUUCCAAAGGCAUGGACUGUGUAUGAAAAUGGGGAGCUGGAGAAACUGGUGGAUGCAUUGCUAGAAGAUGGCUUCAAUGUUGAGGAGGCAUGCCAGUUUUGUAAGAUCGGUCUUCUCUGCACUCAGGAUUCUCCUCAGCUCCGACCAUCUAUGUCUUCUGUGCUUGGCAUGUUGUUGGGCGAAAUUGAUGUUGAUGAAAAGAAAAUUACAAAGCCAGGAUUGCUGUUUGAGUUUGUAGAAGCCAAAGAUGAAAGGAUGCAAAAGGUCGAGGCUGAAGAAAAUACAUCUUCCCUUGGUGUCUAUGGGAAGCAAGACGAUUCCUCUUUGAUGGGAACCACGACCUCUUUUGCUACCAUGACCUUCACCUCAAUUUAUGACCGAACCUAUUGAGUUGAGUAUCUGCGUUUACCCUUGAGUUCUGCUCUUCCCUCUCGUCCUAAAAAUUUGUCUUCUCUUCUUUGUUAUGUUACAUACUGCAUUGUAAUUUUUUGUGUUUUUCCCCUCAUGUAAAUAAAUUUAUAGCAUUUGAUGAUUCAAUUAACACUUUCUGAAACCUAGGAUAGUAUUUGAAGUUUGUUACACCAGUAGAUUGCUUAUUUUUGGCUAUUUAAAGGUCUAGCAUAUGCCUUAGCUCUACAUGAUGUUGUCCUCCUGAGAACUGCUCCAUUAAUAUGGCUGCAUUAAUGGUCGAUAUCUGAUUUUAAUGUAACUGAUUUGUUCUAUUCAUGUUUGUUUACAUCA